UUUGUUGCGCUGCUGGAGGCGAAUAUGGCGGGCGUCGCUGAUGCCGCCGCUCCCGGCAGCAGCGGGGACGGGAGGCGAGGCGGCGCCCCGGAGCAGCAGCAGCAGGACGCGGGAAGGGGGGAGCAGAAAAGCAGCUGUUCGAGCGGUGAGUCCUGGCCGCCGGCAGGAACCGAAACCCUGGGCUUCUACGAGAGCGACCGGGAGCGGAAAAAGAAGAGAAGCGUCUCAGACCUUUCAUUGCUGAGGUUCAUCAGUGCUGAACUAACAAGAGGUUACUUCCUUGAACAUAAUGAAGCAAAAUACACGGAACGGCGAGAGAGAGUAUACACAUGUAUGCGAAUACCAAGAGAAUUGGAAAAGUUGAUGUUUUUUGGAAUCUUUUUGUGCCUGGAUGCUUUUCUCUACGUGUUCACCCUGCUUCCUUUGAGAGUUUUUCUGGCAUUGUUCCAGUUCAUCACUCUGCCUUGCUAUGGCUUACGCUCUCAUCAGGGCCUAGGAAUCAGUGAUAGACGUUUGCUACAACCUGCUCAGGUAUGUGACAUUUUCAAAGGAGUUAUAUUGGUCAUCUGCUACUUCAUGAUGCACUAUGUUGACUACUCUAUGAUGUACCAUCUGAUAAGAGGACAGUCUGUCAUAAAACUCUACAUCAUCUACAACAUGCUGGAGGUGGCCGAUCGACUGUUUUCCUCUUUUGGGCAAGAUAUUUUGGAUGCCCUUUAUUGGACAGCUACUGAACCUAAGGAGAGAAAAAGAGCUCAUAUAGGUGUGAUUCCACACUUUUUCAUGGCAGUGCUGUAUGUCUUCUUGCAUGCUAUUCUUAUAAUGGUCCAAGCAACAACACUUAACGUAGCCUUCAACUCCCACAACAAGUCACUGCUUACCAUCAUGAUGUCUAAUAAUUUCGUUGAAAUAAAAGGAAGUGUUUUCAAGAAGUUUGAGAAGAACAAUCUUUUUCAAAUGUCAAACAGUGAUAUAAAGGAGAGAUUCACCAACUAUGUGCUAUUAUUGAUAGUAUGUCUAAGAAAUAUGGAACAGUUCUCAUGGAAUCCAGAUCACCUCUGGGUGUUGUUUCCAGAUGUUUGCAUGGUCAUUGCAUCAGAAAUUGCAGUGGAUAUUGUGAAACAUGCAUUUAUAACAAAAUUCAAUGACAUUACAGCAGAUGUCUACAGUGAGUACAGAGCCAGCCUGGCAUUUGACCUUGUUAGCAGUCGACAGAAAAAUGCAUACACAGAUUACAGCGAUUCUGUUUCCAGGAGAAUGGGUUUUAUUCCUCUCCCAUUGGCUGUUUUACUCAUCAGAGUCGUAACAAGCUCAAUAAAAGUACAAGGAGUCUUGGCUUAUGCCUGUGUUGUGCUCUUCUAUUGUGGGUUAAUUUCACUAAAAGUCCUUAACAGCAUUGUGUUGUUGGGCAAGUCAUGCCAAUAUGUAAAGGAGGCAAAAAUGGAAGAGAAGUUGUUCAAUCCUCCCCCUACUAGCACCCCAGGCAAACCACUCAGCAAACCCCAAAGCAAAUUUAAAUCUCCUCACGGAAUUCCCACAGACGAAAGUUUCUCUGCAUCAGUUACCAAUCAGCCUGUACAUCAGAAGGAAAAUCCUACGUCUUUACUUGUGACAAGCAACUCUGAUCAAUUCCUGACGACUCCUGAUGGAGAAGAUAAAGAUAUAAGCCAAGACAAUUCAGAAUUAAAACACAGAUCUUCAAAGAAAGAUUUGUUGGAGAUAGACAGGUUUACUAUUUGUGGAAACAGAAUUGACUAAGUUUUCUGAAUAGAUGUGCUUAGGAUACUGAGCUAUUGGGACAGCAAAUGCUACCAGAAUGGACAGUUGCCAAAAAAGGCACUUAAAUAUUUAUUUAAAAACUUAAAUUAUUAAUGGCAAACAGAUAUUAAUUUUUACAAGUAACUAGGCUUGGUAGCUGGUCAGAUCAAGUAACAGAAAUCUUUAACUUGUCUCUUUGGAAAAUAUAAUGGAUUGUGAGAGUCUCUUGUCUAUUUGGCAGAGCUACAGUAUCGCUGUCUUCGAAAUAGACUGAAAAAAUCAAAAUCCUGUUUUGCUUUUUGAAACCAUGCUUCCAGAACAUAUCAUUUUUCAUCAAGGUCUCUCCAGUAUAAGGAUAUACCUGGAAAUAUGUGACAACUUUAAUAGGAAGCUCAUCUUUCCAGUCUCAUGUUGUUUUCAUAAACAGCUGCAGAUUUCAAAACUUGUACUUAUCAGCGAACACAUAAAAAAGCACUGGUAGAUUAAACAGUAAGUCAAGAUAAUUAUUCUUGUCACCAGAAAAAUCUUUGAAGAUGUAUCAGAACUAAUCAGAAUAAAAUACUACAGUAUCUUAAAUGAAAGACCUACUGCAUAGUAUUUUAUCUAAAAUCUAAACCAGCGAGGGAAAUGGAUCACAAAUACAAAGAAAUACAGUGAAGGUUCCGCAUAACUGGGCAAACUCAGCUUCAUCAUUAUUCUGUUCAAUUACAAUGUGUUCUGCAAGGCAAACUAUAUACAUUUAUAAAUGCUAUAUGAAAGGCUUUUUAAAAAAAAAGCCGAGGCUUGUUUUUUGCAAUGGGAAGCAUUUUGUUACAAAGUGACACUUCUUUAUAUUGAGAAAAGGUAGUGCGAACUGCAGCCAGAAACACCAGUGUUGCAUUAAUUCCAGAUAAUUCCAAUGCAAUUGAAGAAAUAAUUACUCAUUACAUUUUGGUUUAAACAAGUUGAUAAAAAUGGCAUCCAUAUAUUAACUUAGCUGGAAAAAUUGCCCAUAGAAUAGUUAUACAGAAAAUCAGAAGUGUCCAUUUUAAUUGAUGGAUUUUAAGCAAACUUAAGUAGCUAUGAAUAGCUUUGUUAUGAAACGCUUGGUUUUAUGAAGUAUAAUGCAUCUUAAUUUCUGGUGUGUGUGGCAAGGUUGGGGGAAUUGAUGAAAGGCAUGUUGAAUCCCUCAAGAAUUAACUGCAUUUCAGCUCAAUAACUAGGUUAGAGAAGUGAAUCAAAAGACAAUCUUUCAUCCAGUGAUGAAUCCUACAUUUGCUGUUAAAAUGUAACAUUAACCUCUAUUUUCUCUCUCAAAACCUUUCAAAAGAUUUAAGUUGAUGUCUGCUAAAUUAUUUCCCUUGGAAUUUUAUUUUGGUUUUUUGAUAUGAUACAGAUAUUUCAGUGAUGAACAAACCACAGGAUUUCUUUUAUUAACUAAUUUGUAAUCUAUUGGAGUUGAAAAGCCAAAGUUUAAUGUUUGAUUUAUGAAUAGGAAAUGUGGAAGAAUACAUGCUAAUUCCUAAAAUCUGCAGAGUUGUAUUAAUAUGACAGAACAGAGAAAUGUACAGAAAUAAUGUUAUGAAACAGAUCAGAAUGUGAAGUUGUCAUGAAAAAUGGCUUUACCAUACAAGUCAACAUCAUCUGCUCUAAAGGGAGCCUCUUGCUGCCCCAUCUCCUCCCCCACCAACAGCAGCUGCAGUAGUGUCCAGAAUCAAUUGAAAUGGCUGGGGGUCAGGGCGAGAGGAGAGUCUAAAAUGCUUUUAUUUUGGGUGUAUUUUAUGCUCCUUGAGAAAUUUACACAUUCAAAUUCAAUUCAGAUCAUCUGUGAAUUUUUCAGUUACUUAACAGUUGCUAAAGGAAGCUUGGAAUGAUUUUCAUCUGUUAAAUGACUUUCUGUACCAAUUUUAUAAGUGCAUCUUGUGUGAAACUCAAUAAAAUUCAAUUUCGUAAUCUUUGUUUAAAAAAAGGAAAAGAAUGGACUGGAUUUCUUUGCAACAGUUGUCAAUUUUGAAUACUGCAAUGUGAUUUCUGCAUAUUCUGGUUUCACGAUGAAGAACUUAUUUUUUGCAAGCAUAGGACAAGCAGCCUACUUUAGACCUGGUUUUAAUACUGGUUUUGUUCUUGUGUAUUCAUCACUAUGUCAAACCCACAGGAAGUACUAAUGUCAGCCUACUGUUAAUUGAAUGCUAAUUGUUUAGAGACAGAAUCAAAUUGAAAUCCAGUCCAUUUUUUUUGAAGUAGGCUUUUUUAUUUCAAUUGCCCUUAUAUCAUCCUGUUAAUUUUUGUGGUUUUACAUUCCAGGUUCCUAUUCUUAGUGUCUUUCCUCCCUUACUGUAAGAAAGACCUACACAAACAAGGGGAACUGACCGUACAAAGUAUUGUCAAAUGCAAAAGUAAAAAAAAAAAAAAA